UUUAUGAGUAUAUCUAUCACUUUAAUUGUAAUGUAAUUGAUAUGUUAUAACAAAAUAAUGUAUACAAAGAGUACCAAACGAACAGCAAAAGAAAUUCAAGAAAUUCUUCUUGUAUUAUAACUUACAGGUAUGAGAGAGGAAAUGGAAGAGAGAGAGAGAGAGAGAGAGAGAGAGAGAGAGAGAGAGAGAAAAUACGCGCACAGACCAUUUUUGAAAGCAAAGACAAAAUAAGUGUAGCACUGUUAGUAAAUGGUACCAGCGAUAAAUUCUAUGUAUCGAUAAAUAAUAUAGCAUUGUUUAAAGGUUGAAAAUUAAGUCACGUCUGAAGUUAUAUUUUCUUAUUCUUACAACUGCGAUGCAGCCUUCCAUUACAAUUACAUUACCUACGUUUGUUUUAUUUCCUUUAGAAAGCAAAUAUAGAUAAUGCAGAAUUUUGAAGUUACUCAAAUCCUAAUUGGUGCACUAAUUUUCAAUAAGAUGAUUAGUAGACAGUACGAAAAAAUGUGAUUGUUAUAAAUUAUAAUUAAAAAAUGUAAUAAAAAAAAAAUAAAAUGACAAUGUUUUAUGUCAUCAUCGAUAAUAGCGAUUAAGGAUAAAACACCGGAAAUAUUUAAUAGAAAAUCUCCAUGCCAACGCUAAUUGUCAGCUUUCCCUUCAACGACGAUUACAUGUAUUAUAUGAACAUUGCCUCGGGAACACAACGUCUAAAUUUUUUGUACAAAGUAUAACCUUUUUUACUCUUGGCUUUUUCUACAUUUAAAUUACAUAGUGAACAAACACAACUGUCCGUGUUCGACGAUGCAAUCGCCGGGAACAUUCUUCUAAUCUUUGCACUUCCAAUGCUGUAAAAAUGCCGUCGUUGUUGGAAGCGCUGGAGCUAAAAUACGGCAGUUCAACGACGGAUUGCUCAUUAACGGAUGAUGAGGCGGAGUCUGGUUCGCCCAAAGCCGCCCUGUCGGUGAGCAUCUUCAUCCCUAAGAAGUCUCCACGACAUACAGUGCCGGCGUUACUGGUGCUCCAGGACUGCGACAUUGAAUCGGCAGGUAAUGACGCCGAGAAACUUCGCAACAAGUGCAAGAACGUCGAGGAGCUUGAUUUGGCACAGAACAAGUUGUCGCAAUGGACGGAAGUAUUCGGCAUCCUGCAGCACAUGCCCAAAAUCAAAUUUGUAAACUUGAGCUUCAACUGCCUCGCAGAGGUACUGGAGAUCAAACAUGGUAAUUACGAUCUUCUGAGAAACCUCGUACUGAACGGUACCAGGGUGUCCUGGUCGACGGUGCAGGGACUGAUACGACUCCUGCGCAAUCUGGAAGAACUCCAUUUGUCUUUGAACGAAUAUAAAACGGUGGACUUGGAUUAUCAAAAGCCGGAGAACGUAAAUCCGGCGCUGAAAAAAUUACACUUUACUGGCAAUCCGGUGGAAGUUUGGAACGAGAUCUCGAAAUUGGGGUACCUAUUUCCGAACCUGAAGAGCCUUGUUCUCGCCGAGUGUCCAAUUAGAUCACUCGGUUUGGAGGAAAAUCAGAAUUUGCCAGGCGAGGAUGGUCGUCGAGCAAAGGAAGAAGGACUUGGUCAGGAUAGCGAAAACAUGAAUCACUUAGAUACAGAUGAACACACUUCGUCGACAGAUGAUAAGGGAAAUAGGAUAUUUGAAAACAAGGUGAAUUACGAUAGAUCCGAAUCAAAGUCGGAAUCCAAUGGAAUGACCAUCGAGUCGCCUCACAAUCCCUUCAGAAUGCUGAGGUUCCUGAAUCUGAACGGUACUCUACUAUCCACUUGGGACGAAGUCGAAAGGCUAGCCAGGUUUCCCGUGUUGAAGUCGCUCAGAAUCCAAGGCUGCCCGCUUUUCGAGAGUCCUCGAGAAUAUACAGAACACGAGAGGCGGCAGCUACUAAUAGCCCGACUGCCAAACGUCGAGACUUUGAACGGCGGCGGCGUGAUAUCGUCUCAGGAGCGCGAGGACGCCGAGAGGGCCUUCAUACGUUAUUACAUGGACAAACCGGAAGCUGAUCGGCCCGAAAGGUAUUCCGAGCUCGUGGCUAUUCACGGAAAAUUGGACCCCUUGGUGAACGUAGAUUUAACACCGGAGAAAAGGGUCAAGGUCACGUUCACUUACGGAGAUCUCGUCGAGGUACGAUCGGUUGAUGUAUAUAGAACAGUUUUCGAAUUAAAAACUAAGUUGGAAAGUAUGGUGAAAAUUCCUGCCAACAGAAUGAGGCUUUUCUACGUUGACCAAGAAAUGAAGGCGCAAUAUGGACCGGAGGAAAUGCUCUAUCCAAACAAGCAGCUAUAUCGAUACAACAUUAGGAACGGCGAUGAGAUCAUUAUUGACAGCAAACUGAAUCGAUUCGCGUCAACGUCUUCAACCACUUCUUCCAUUCGUUCCUGAAGAAGAACGAUGAGUGAAUCGCGCGGUAUUGAAGAAAUCCGAUAAUUCCUCGGGUUUUGAUCUCCACUUAUAGCCUCACGAUGCAAUACUCUCGUUGAUAAUCGUAAUACUGUUACAGAUCGACAGAGAGGCACCGUGUACGGUUUUCAUGAUCGCGUUUGUUAAUAACUGCGGAUCUGAAAAUCGAUAACUUUUGCAAUCCAAGGAGAAUAAAUAGAUUCGAAGGCGAAUGUUUCCCUACGUGGAAGUCUAAAUAUAUAGAAUUAGGGAUUUACGGAUGUUUGAUGUUAUCUUAAACUGCAAAUAUUUCAGAAAUAAUGGUGGACAGACGAUUAGAAAUCGUGAAUUGGCGAAAACUUGGUAAUCUGUCACAGGCGAAAUUAUCUAAGAA